AUGGACUUUUUCAACAAGGCCAAGGAGGCGGCGGAGAAGUACGCGGGCGGCGGUGACUCGAGCAAGAGUAGCGCCGCCGAUGACAAGAAGAAGAGCGACUCGAUCUUCUCCAAGGCCAUGGAGGCGGCCGAGAAGUACCACGCCAAGGACAAGGUGGUCGAGUUCGCCCAGAAGCGCGUGGCCAAGAGGGAGGAGGAGAAACUCAAGCCUGGCUACGAGGAGAAGAAGGACAAGUCCGUGGUGGACAAGGCCGUGGAGGCGGCUGAGGACUUUUUGGCCAAGCAAGGAGACAAGCCCGGACAGGUUAAGGAGGAGAAGAAGGUCGAGGAGGUCAAGGCCAAGGAAAACAACGAGCACUCGAGAUCCAGAGCAAGCUCCAGCUCCAGCUCGGACGACGAGAAGAAGAAGAAGAAGCAGGAGAAGCUUUCGCACCACAGCGAGAGCCCGAAGAACCAGUCAGAGAGUCCCCACCACAACCCGGCGUCUUAUCCUGACACUAAUCCCGACACUAGCGCUGAAGGCGACAUGCACGGGUCGUUCUCGAAGAUAAACCUGAACGACAGCAACGCUCCAAGGUACGAUGCUGGCAACAAUGGCUCGGCUUAUCCUGUUCGUGAAGAAAGCAACUGCAAUGCCGAGACAUACCCAAGUUACGACUCAGACUACAGUCGCCAAAACGCUUCGAGUGCACCGCCAGCAUACCAGUCAGCUAGCAGCGGCUACCCGAGUGGGAACAACCCGGGCUAUCCGAGCUAUCCCGACAGCUCGAGUUACCCUGACAACUCAAGCCGUGACAGUAACCCGACUAGUGGCUCGCGUUACGAGACGUACCAGGAGUACUGGGGUCGACAGGGCAGCAGUGACAACCUGAGGAACGAAAACUACCCCACCUAUUCCAGUGGUGCCGCCGGAGCUGGUUAUGGAUAUGGCCAAUCGAACGCGGGCGCCUACGAUGGUCGUGAUGUGUACGACAACAACAGCCAGUAUGGACGGUCGAACGGAGCGAAUGUGUACGGUGGCAACCGAGGCUACGGAGGCUACCCCAACGGUAGAGUCUAA